GAGUAUUUCAACUGUGUCUAUAAAGGCUGCUGAUUCAUAGGCUUCCUGCACACAAGCGAUGUUUUCAUAAUCUACAGUAAAAUGGUUAGUAGAAUUGAGCAUCCGGCUGGUGGUUACAAGAAACUAUUUGAGACAUGUGAAGAAUUGAAUGAACCCAUUUCUGCUGUGGUUGUAGGUGUGAUACCAGCAUGGCUAAGUGGUAGUUUGUUGCGUCUGGGACCCGGCAUGUUCGAGGUGGGGGCUGAACCUUUCUACCACCUUUUUGAUGGCCAGGCCCUGAUGCACAAGUUUGACCUAAAGAAUGGCCAUGUGACCUACCAUCGCAAAUUUAUCAAAACAGAUGCCUAUGUGAGAGCAAUGACAGAGAAAAGGGUGGUCAUAACUGAGUUUGGAACAGCAGCCUACCCAGACCCCUGCAAAAAUAUCUUCUCACGGUUUUUCACCUACUUUAAAGGGAUUGAGGUGACAGAUAAUUGCUUAGUGAACGUGUACCCAGUUGGUGAGGAUUUCUAUGCCUGCACAGAAACCAACUACAUUACCAAAGUGGACCCAGACACACUGGAGACUGUGAAAAGGGUGGAUCUUUGUGACUAUCUUUCAAUCAAUGGAGUGACAGCUCAUCCACACAUUGAAAGUGAUGGAACAGUGUACAACAUUGGGAACUGUUUUGGGAAGAACAUGUCACUAGCCUACAACAUUGUUAAAAUUCCCUCCACACAGAAAGACAAGUCAGAUCCUAUUGCAAAGUCUGAGGUUCUUGUGCAGCUCCCCAGCAGCGAGAGAUUCAAGCCCUCCUAUGUUCACAGCUUUGGAAUGACGGAAAACUACUUUGUCUUUGUUGAGACUCCGGUGAAGAUCAACCUUCUAAAAUUCUUGACUGCUUGGAGCAUCUGGGGCACAAAUUACAUGGAUUGUUUUCAGUCAAAUGAAACCAUAGGUACAUGGUUCCAUCUGGCUACCAAGGACCCUGCAGUAUACAUCGAGCACAAAUUUAGGACAUCCGCUUUCAAUCUUUUCCAUCACAUCAACAGCUAUGAGGAUGAUGGUUUCAUCGUGGUUGACCUGUGCACUUGGAAAGGUCACGAAUUUGUAUACAACUACCUUUAUCUGGCCAACUUGCGGGAGAACUGGGAGGAAGUAAAGGCAGCAGCUAUGAGGGCACCUCAGCCAGAGGUGAGGAGAUAUGUUCUUCCCAUGGACGUCCACAGGGAAGCACAGGGGAAAAAUCUGAUUUCCCUUCAGUAUACCACAGCCACUGCCGUGAUGCGAAGUGAUGGAACAAUCUGGCUUGAGCCUGAGGUUCUUUUCUCUGGACCACGACAAGCUUUUGAGUUUCCUCAGAUCAACUACAGUAAAUUCUCUGGAAAGAACUACAGCUAUGCCUAUGGACUGGGCCUGAACCAUUUCAUCCCUGAUAGGAUCUGCAAACUGAACGUGAAGACCAAGGAGACGUGGGUGUGGCAGGAGCAGGACUCUUAUCCCUCAGAACCAAUCUUUGUGCAGACCCCAAAUUCUGUGGAGGAAGAUGACGGGGUGUUGCUCAGCAUCGUGGUGAACCCCGGGGCCGACCAGAGGCCUGGGUUCCUCCUUAUCCUCAACGCCAGGGACCUGACAGAGGUCGCACGUGCUGAGGUGGAGGUCAUCAUCCCAGUCACCUUUCAUGGGAUGUACAAGCCUUAAGGCUAUAUUUAUAGCAUCACAGUACCACUUCACACAGCGAAAGGAACAAUAAUAAUUUUGUUAGGAAUAUAUUUUAUUUAGAUAUCUUGUGAUGUAAUUUUAAUGAUAUUUUUUAUAUUUUCCACAUUGUUAGAAUACUGAAGACAACCAAACUUUGAAAUAGCACAUAUGGAAUCCAGUAGCAACCAAAAGUGGAUGUCUUGAAGGAGUUCCCAUGAAUGCUGUUGGCUGCUUUUCCUUAAUUUUACGUUCCAGCUCAUCCCAAACCAUCUCAAUUUGAUUGAGGUAGGGUGGUUGUGGAGGACAUGUCAUCUGAUGCAGAAUCAUCAUGUUCCUUCUUGGUCAAAUAGUUGUUACACAGCAUGUAGGUGUGUUUUGGAUUAUUGUCCUGUUGAAAGAAAAUGAUAGUCCCACUAAGCACAAAACAAAUGGGAUGGCAUAUCAUUGCAGAAUACUGUGGUAGCCAUGCUUGUUGAGUGUGCCUUGAAUUCUAAAUAAAUCAGGUGUCACCAGCAAAGCACCCCGAAACCAUCACACCUCCUCCUCCAUGCUUCACAGUGGGAACCACACAUGUAGAGAUCAUCCGUUCACCAACUUUGACAGUGGUUGGAACAUAAAUCUAAUUUGGACUCAGACCAAUGAUCAGACCAAAUGACUGAUUCCCACCAGUCUAAUGUCCAUUUAUUGUGUGUCUUGGCCCACGCAAGUCUUCGUACUGGUGUUUCCUCUGGUGGUCCUCAUGAGAGCUAGUUUCAACAUAGCACAUGAUGGUUUUUGCAACUGCACUUGAAGAAACAUUUACAUUUCUUGAAAUUUUCAGGAUUGGCUGACCUUCAUGUCUUAAAGUAAUGAUGGACUGUUGUUUCUCUUUGCAUAUUUGACAUAACUAAUUUGCCCAAACACAUUAAAAAGGAAAGAAAUUCUACAAAUUAACUUUUAACAAGGCACACCUGUUAACUGAAAUAUAUUCCUGGUGACUACCUCAUUACGAUGGUUGAGAGAAUGCAAAGUGUGCAAAGCUUCUUUGAAGAAUCUACAAUAUGAAAUGUAUUUUGAUUUGUUUAACACUUACUGGUUACUACAUGAUUCUGUGUGUUAUUUCAUAGUUUUGAUGUCUUUCCUUUUAUUUUAAACUGUGGAAAAUACUAAAGAAUGAGAAGGCGUUUCCACACUUUUGACUGCUACUGUAUGUAUUUGUUGGUGUUGCAUGUAUAUGAACUAGGUGAUCAUGACAUUUGUCUGUUUGUGUGCAUAAUUUCUAAAUCCAUGUGGUACUGCAUGUCUAAACAUUGACCCUCAAACUAUACUGCAUUCUCUAAAAUAGAUGCCUAGCACUCAUUAGCUAAACAGCAAUUGAAAGAUUACUUAGUUAGAAUCUAAUUUUUCAUUUUAGACUUAUUGAACAAAUGUAUUCUGUUACUUUUGUACAAAUAAUAAAAACAUUAAUUGCAUUUAGUUUUACUUAUAUAUUAGAAAUCCCAAAUGCUGCUAUUCUUGUUAUCAGCAAGUCAUGUUAAAGUAAUGAAUGCCCCCUGAACAAUCUGAAAGCGUUAACAAUGUACUGUAAAAAUACAAUGUCAUUCUUUC